GCUGCAAUUGCUUCCAGCCCACCGUACCGAGCGCAGGCGGCGGUACAUGGCCCCGACGGGAGGCGCGCUGCCCGCACCCCGUGCCCCGCUCCCUGCUUGACCGCGGCGGCAGCCUUUGCCCCGCGCGUCCUUGCCCCUCCGGCCACGAUCUUGCGGACAUGACCGCAUAGCCUCCAGGGCUGGGAUUUGCUUGAAAGGCUUCUUCAUGGAAGCGAUGUCUCCCCAGCAAGAGACUCUAGGGGGGCAGCCGGGGCGCUCCUCCUCCCUGACAGGAGUGUCUCGGAUCGCAGGAGGCCCGGGCACCAAGAAGAAAAUGAAAACACUAGCAGAAAGGAGGAGGAGUGCUCCAUCCCUUAUCCUGGAUAAAGCACUACAAAAACGGCCUAGUACCAAGGAAAGUCCUUCUGCUAGCAUGGACACAUGUGCAUUUCUGUCAUCAUUUGUGUGCUCCAAUAGGACUCUGCUAAUUGAUGGCCGGGUAGAACUCAAAAGAGGCCUGCAGAGGCAGGAGCGACAUCUUUUCCUGUUCAAUGAUCUGUUUGUUGUGGCCAAAAUCAAAUAUAACAACAACUUUAAGAUAAAAAAUAAAAUUAAAUUAAGUGAUAUGUGGACAGCAAGCUGUGUAGAUGAAGUGGGAGAAGGCAACACCAAUGCCAUGAAAUCAUUUGUCGUGGGCUGGCCCACGGUGAACUUUGUGGCCACUUUCAGUUCUCCCGAACAGAAGGACAAAUGGCUCUCUCUCCUUCAGAGAUACAUCAAUCUAGAGAAAGAGAAGGACUAUCCGAAGACCAUUCCCCUCAAAAUCUUCGCCAAGGACAUUGGGAAUUGUGCCUAUUCUAAAACUAUAACAAUAACAAAUUCAGAUACAGCAAAUGAAGUUAUCAACAUGUCACUACCAAUGCUAGGAAUAACUGGCUCUGAGAGAGAUUACCAAUUAUGGGUCAAUUCUGGCAAAGAAGCGGCCCCAUAUCCACUUAUUGGGCAUGAAUAUCCCUAUGGAAUCAAAAUGAGCCAUCUUCGAGACACUGCACUCCUGACACAGUUAUCAGAGGACCCCACCAGCCCUUCCAACCUCCAAGAGCCCUUCCUCAUGGAUCAGCUGCCCCGAGAGAUGCAGUGCCAGUUCAUCCUGAAGCCCAGCCGCCUGGCUGCAGCCCAGCAGCAACUGAGCGAUUCGGGUCAGAAGACAUUUAAAAGGAGAAGAUCUAUCAUAAACUGGGCCUUUUGGCGGGGUUCUAGCACUCACCUGGAUAACUUGUCCAUAUCACCAACAUCUCCUGGGCCAGGACAGCUCUUUGGAGUGUCUCUGCCAAAUAUCUGUGAGAACGACAAUCUUCCCAGACCUGUCUUGGAUAUGCUUAGCUUUCUUAAUCAAAAAGGACCCUUCACAAAAGGCAUUUUCAGACAAUCAGCCAAUAUGAAAUCUUGCAGAGAGCUGAAAGAGAAACUGACUUCUGGAGUUGAAGCACACCUAGACUGUGAAUCUAUUUUUGUAAUAGCAUCUGUCUUAAAGGAUUUUCUACGAAAUAUUCCAGGAAGUAUUUUUUCCUCAGAUCUCUAUGAUCAGUGGAUCUGUGUAAUGGAUCAAGGAAAUGAUGAAGAGAAAAUAAACACAAUUCAAAGGCUGUUAGACCAGCUUCCGAGAGCCAAUGUUGUUCUCCUAAGGUAUCUUUUUGGGGUAUUAUACAACAUUGAGCAACAUUCCUCAUCCAAUCAGAUGACUGCAUAUAAUUUAGCAGUGUGUAUCGCUCCAAGCAUUCUUUGGCCUCCUACUUCCUCCAGCCCAGAACUAGAAAAUGAAUUCACAAAAAAGGUUUCUCUGCUUAUUCAAUUUCUGAUUGAAAAUUGCUGUAGAAUAUUUGGAGAAGAAAUCACGUCCCUCUUAGGAGAGGUUUCAGUGAGAUGUGAUGCUGGAGGGAAUGCCUCAGAUCUCUCUUGCUUCCAAAUGAAUGACUCCUCCUAUGACAGCUUGGAAAAUGAGCUGAACGAGGAUGUUGAUGCCCCGUGUAGUGACCUGGUAAAGAAACUUGGUCAGGGGAGCAGGAGCAUGGACUCUGUCUUAACCCUUAGUGACUACGACCUCGACCAGCCUGAGGUGGAAGGUCUUUUAACCUUGAGCGACUUUGACUUAGACUGUUCUAAACAUGAAGACAUUCAAAUGGCACGGCCUCUGGAAUCCAAGGCGGGGACCGUUACAGAACUGUAUAGAAAGGCUGCACUGCAGGACCACACCAGGGCCCCAUCUGCCUCGAGCACACCCCGCUACCUGUCCACAGCUGCAGCAGAGGCUCCGAAAAGCCUGAGGCGACACCGGCGCUGCUCAGAGCCCAGCAUCGACUACCUAGACUCCAAGCUUUCCUAUCUCAGGGAGUUUUACCAGAAAAAGCUACGCAAGUCCAGCUGUGAUGCAAUUCUCUCACAAAAAGAUGAGGACUAUCUGAAGCAGAAUCAACCCCUACAGGAAGAGGGCAAGACCUGUUUUAAGCAGAGUUUAGUCACAGGCACUGAUACCAAGAAAAAUGCCACUAAUAAAAACAUUAAGAAGAAAAGCUUGUCUGGUAGUGAAGGAAAUCAUGGAAAACUUUUCCCUAAAUCGAAGCCAGUGGCCAUUUCGGUGGCAUCUUUCAGCCACAUGUCCUCACAUGAUCAUCCCAGGAACCCGCCCUUUGCCUCAGAUGCAUCAGGCUACUCCCCGCCACACACAGCCGAGGCUGUCAAGAGCUCCAGGAGGCACCGGCGCUGCUCAGAGCCCAAUAUGGACGACCAGCACUGCAGACUGAGCUAUCUCAGGGGACUUUAUUCAAAGAAACAACACAAAGCCAGCUAUGAAGCCAGCCACGUGCAUGCUGAGGAGGAUUAUCUCAAGCGGCACAAGUCUUUGCAAAUGGAGGGGCAGAAGCUCAUCAAUCAGAGUUUGGUCCUGGGGAUCGAGGUGGGCAAGAGUAGUGCCACAAACCCAAGCACUGAGAAGUUUAUACCCUCAAGAUUAAACAUUUGCCCCAGAACUAGCUAUUCCAGCUUGUCUUCCCCAGGCACUUCCCCAUCUGGCUCAUCAGUGAGCUCCCAAGACAGUGCUUUUUCUCAGAUUUCUGAACACUCCGUGUUUACACCCACUGAAACUUCCUCUCCGAUAGAUUGCACUUUUCAGGCUCAAAUAAAACAGGAAGAACUUUCUCCUGAGUUCUGCGGUUCUAGCCUCAUUUCUGGAUUGCCCGAUCCCUCACCUGGGCAGGCCAGCAACCACCUGGCUUAUACAAAAAAGGAACCCAUAAAGUGGCAUUCACAAAUGCAUUCUGUAACUCUUCACCCCAGCACAUGGUUGAGAAAUGGUGUGGCCAGUUUGAAAAACUGGUCCCUCAAAAACAAAGCAAGGGUAUCGAAACCAGAGGAAAAGAAAGUCGGUUCUCUGAAAGGACCCACGGAGCCACCCCCACUCACUUCCGGUCUUCCAGAAGCCAACUUACUGCAAGAGAAACAGAAAGACAUGCCCGCAAGGGCAGCUGUAGGACUGGGAGCUGUGCACACGGAGCAGAGGCAUGGCUCUUAUCCCAGUCAGGACUCAGAGAAGCACUGCAGCUCUCCCUUCAGCCUCGUGGAAGACAGGCUCAAGCUUUGUACGAAGUCACACGAGGAAGGAGAGAACAGUGGGCAGCACUCUCCUGGUACUCUGCCUUGUGUGACAUCCUCACCCAGCUCUUUGACUGUGGAUGACGUGUCCAGCCCAGACUCAGGGCCUACAGUAAUGUGUGACGUUGGGGACAGACAUACAACCAAAGACGUAUAAUCACAAUAAGAGUCUGAUGUCUCCAAGAACAGAAACUGGGCUAAUAAUGACAUAAAGACAAGAAUUAUUAUGACACCUUUGUAUAAAAUACCUGGGAUGGGUAGCAUAAAGAUAAUCAUCACUAAUACUUAGGACAACAAAACAAAUCUCUUUAUUGAGACCAUUUGGCAAAAAGUUUAAACAAUUUCAUCACCUAAGUGUUUGGGAGGCUUUUCCUUAUUAGAGGAUGGGGUUGGUCCUGUCGUAUGUUUUUAGAGUUACUAGCAGAGGGAUAGAGAAAGCAUCUUCUGUAGAGGAAACAUGACUUCUAUAAGACUAGAAGCCUGAGAAGGUCAGGAUACCAUAUGUGAAGAAUAAGAACUGUGGAUUGGGGGGCCGGGUACAGAGAACCAUCCGCAUUCCAUGGAGUAUUUUUAAUAAGUAGGCAAGGAAAAUGCCACUAAUCAAAGCAUUAGGAAGAAAAGCAUACCCAAUAAUGAAAGAAAUCAUGUGAAGUGUUUCCCUGAAUCAAAGCCAGUGGCCAUUUCUGUGACAUCUUAUAGUCAACAUGCCCUCAUAGGAUCAUUCCAGGAACCAGUCCACUGAUGUCGCUAGACUGGAAAAAACUAGAGAUUCAAGAGCCAUAAGUACCAUGGUACGUUUCUUUUGGUUGUGUUGAUUUGUUUUUCCAUUAUUGUUGCAUUGCUCUGCAAAGGCUCUAGAAAACAGAGCUGUGAAAUAAAAGAAGUAAAUGGUUGUUCAUCUCAAUGUCCUUUCCAAAGGUACCUGUGCUAGCUAGGAACAUUCUCCAGAAAAGGAACCUUUCCUACUAGAAGGUGACUUCUGACUGCAUUCACUCUGAGUGUGGAGGAAGACUGCAACAGUCCUUCCCUAUUACAUGAAUGCUAUUGCCAACAUGUGAUCAAAGCCUGGCUCCAAAAUGUUUUUCUGCAGCCCUGAAAAAAUUACGGAUAAAUCAUCCUUUUUCUGAUUAUCAAUUGGCAGUGGAAAGAACAAUUUAGAGCUUGGUAGGUUAUAGUCACAGAGUAGAAUACCUACCAAAGUGGUUGUCAGGCCUUCUUCUCAGACAUUCGUUGGCUUUGGAUUUCCUUAUCUCCCGAAGUUUUUACAUACGUUUGAUUCAUGGUUUACAGAUGGUUUUUACCCCAUUGGUUUAUUUCAUAUCCAUGAAUAUGUCUCCUCUCUCUUGCCUUACACUGGUACAUCUCUUGGAUUAUCUCCAUGGGUUAUUAGGCCUUGCCAGCCAAUAUAAAGGGAUAGAAUCAAGAAUGGAUGUGCAUCUUCCUUCAUUUUAAUUACUUGUAAGAAGUUGCUUAGGACCCAUCAGGUCUCUUUAGUCCACCAUCAAAUGGUCCUCUCUCCCACAAACUAGCUUAUUCCACAUUCUUUUUCUGAGCCACCAGUAAACUUUCAUGUCAAAUAUUCUUACCCUGUUGUGCUAAAGGUUACAUUUUUCAGUUAUAGAAAAAAAAAUAAUGUUUUCUGUAAGAUAGAAGAAGUCCUUUCAGUAUUAGCUAUAGGUGCUGCCUACCUCUAGGGUACAUGGCCCUGUUUGCCCUAAGCAGUAUAAUUAGCUAUUAGAACUCUGGGUCCAAAGAACUCCUUCAUGACACUGGCCAUCUCAGUCACAGUUGUGAAGUAGAUUUCACCUUGUAACCAACCAUUCCUAUAUUUAGACUCCUACGUGUCCAUAAGCAUCUUUUGUGCUAUAAUAUAUAAAGGCAACAGGGAUUCCCCUUACCCUUCGGGCAAUACUACUGUCAGAACUGCAAGAUGUGAAUGAAGCUCUUACAGCUUGGAGUGUCUUUCUGGAAGAAAUUUCUUCUCUACUUAACAAAAUACUAGUUAUAGCCAUUUUUUUCCAUAUUGACGAGUAGAAAAUCACCCACCCACUUUGAAGCAUAGAAGAAAAUAGAUGUUGAGGUUCUUAAAUAACCAUUCCUACUCUUUGUGUUCCCUUAGAUACUCCUGUAAUACUUAAUGUGAAUAGUUUGUUAAUAUUGCUGUAAAGUAUUAUAUUGUAUGAUUUGAAAACAGACUACAUGUCAUUUUAUUAUGCUCUGUUAAUCUAUAAUAUAUUAGACUGAUGCUUUAUCUAAAAUGCUUUGAGUUUGUAUAAUAUAUCUUGACAAAUUUUACUACCAUAUGUUAUGUAAUAAAUGUGUAUUUUUGUACUUGCAGAAACUGCUGCUAACUUUUAAAGUUGUUUGGUUUUCAAGGCACUGAUAAUGGAUAUGUAUGAACUCCAUGCUGUCUAUUAAAUAAAAUACCAUUCUCCAGAGUUACCAAUCUCACCAGAGCAAUAUUUCCUUUUGUAGAAUUGUUUUAGUUAAUGAGCUCAAUGUCUGCUUAACAUUGGAAAUUUCAUAAAAUGUAAUUAAUGUAGAAAUAGAAUUUCGAACUUUU